UGACGUGUUUCCUUUACAGGAUACGUUGUAGUGAGGAGGCUAAGCUUUUUGCAAGCUCUUCAACUGGAUAAGAUUCAUCUUUUUAAUUCCAUUUGUAUAGACGCUGGUGGCUAAAAUGGAAGAAGAGAAUAUUUUCUUAUUUAUCCCCAAUCUAAUUGGUUAUGCCAGGAUCGCCUUUGCCUUCAUUGCUUUUUAUUUCAUGCCGACCAGCCCUGUGUUGGCCUCAUCAUUUUACCUGCUGAGUGGAUUACUGGAUGCCUUUGAUGGUCAUGCAGCCCGUGCAUUUAAUCAGGGUACAAAGUUUGGUGCCAUGCUGGACAUGCUGACAGACCGCUGUGCUACCAUGUGUCUGCUGGUGAACCUCUCGCUGCUUUACCCACAAUUCACUAUUCUGUUUCAACUUAGCAUGACUAUUGACAUUGCCAGCCAUUGGAUGCACCUGCACAGCUCCAUAAUGAAAGGAAGUGGAAGCCACAAGACUAUUGAUCUCUCUGGAAACCCUGUCCUGAGGCUUUACUAUACAUCACGGCCUGUCCUGUUUGCAAUGUGUGCUGGGAAUGAGCUGUUUUACUGUAUGCUGUACCUAUUAAAUUUCACUGAGGGGCCAGAGGUGGGCCUAGGUGCAUUUGGCCUGUUUCGCCUCAUCCUGUGGAUUUCCACACCGAUUGCACUCCUGAAGACCCUGAUCAGCCUUCUUCAUCUUGUGACUGCCUCUUGCAAUAUCGCUGCCAUUGAUGUGGACGAGCGUGCCAAAAAGAGUUAGAAAAGCAGCUAUGCCUCCCAGGACAUGCAAUGCAAGUCCUCAUCAAGACAGGGACAAAGAAGGAAACCAGGGGUUAACUGGGAAACACAAGCGUCUAAAUUCUGACAGGAAGUUGCACAACACCAUUCUAUCACUUCCUGGUGUAUGGAGAGACCGUGUAUGUUGUUUUAAAGGAAAGCAACGGAAAUAAGUUACCCCUUUCUUUGUAGUAAAUGCUUCCCUUAAUUUAGAAUUUAGUUCCAUUGAAGAAGCAGUUGUUUUCUUCCUUUUAGUGUAAUAAUUAUGUAUGUUUUAUAUUUGUACAGGCAAUACCUGAUGUGUACCAAGACUCUUCAUCCAUUCCUGUUUUUUUAUGAAUGUAAUUGUUGUAAUCUAGUCAUUGGUGGUGAGCACACAUGUACACACACACACACACACACACACACACACACACACACACACACACACACACACACACA